UGUGCUUCGCGUCAAAGAAGCUAAUCGAGUAUAGGAGAAGGAAUAGGAGGAGGCGGUCAUGGUCGUCGGCAUCAUGCGUCGCGAGGGCGGCGGCGGAGGAGGGGCGGCGGCGGUGGCGGAUGGGGUGCUGAAGAAGGUGUUGCUGUCGUACGCGUAUGUGGCGAUCUGGAUCUUCCUCAGCUUCACGGUGAUAGUCUACAACAAGUACAUCCUCGAUCCCAAGAUGUACGGCUGGCCCUUCCCCAUCAGCCUCACCAUGAUCCACAUGGCCUUCUGCUCCGCCAUCGCCUUCCUCGUUGUCCGUGUGCUCCGCCUCGUCGAGGCUCCGUCGUCGCCGUCCAUGACCCGCGCCUUCUACCUCUCCUCCGUCGUUCCCAUCGGCGCCCUCUACUCCCUCUCCCUCUGGUUCUCCAACUCCGCAUACAUGUACCUCUCUGUCUCCUUCAUCCAGAUGCUCAAAGCCCUCAUGCCCGUCGCCGUCUACUCCAUCGGUGUCCUCUUCAAGAAGGAGUCCUUCAAGAGCGCCUCCAUGCUCAACAUGCUCUCCAUCUCCUUCGGCGUCGCCAUUGCCGCCUACGGCGAGGCCCGCUUUGACGCCACCGGCGUCUCCCUUCAGCUCGGCGCCGUCGCAUUCGAGGCGACCCGCCUCGUUCUUAUCCAGAUCCUCCUCACAUCUAAGGGCAUCUCCCUCAACCCCAUCACCUCCCUCUACUACGUCGCUCCAUGCUGUCUCGCCUGCCUCCUCGUCCCAUGGUCCCUCGUGGAGCUCCCCGUCCUCCGCGCCCGCUCCGCCGCCUCCAUCCGCCCCGACCUCCUCAUCUUCGGCACCAACUCCCUCUGCGCCUUCGCCCUCAACCUCGCCGUCUUCCUUCUCGUCGGCAAGACCUCGGCCCUCACCAUGAACAUCGCCGGCGUCGUCAAGGACUGGCUUCUCAUCGCCUUCUCCUGGUCGGUCAUCCGCGACGCCGUCACCGCCGUCAACCUCUUCGGCUACGCCAUCGCCUUCCUAGGUGUCGCCUACUACAACCACGUCAAGCUGCAGGCACUCAAGGCCAAGGAGGCGCAGAAGAAUGCCGCCCUGGCCGACGAGGAGGCCCGGAAACUCCUCGAGCAAGUCGAUGGUUCUGGCAGUGACCCGAAGGUUAACUCGCAAGCUUGAUCCAUCGUCCGAGCCUCUGCGUUCUGCGACAAUCACAUCGGUUCCUGUUCACUAUACCUGAUGGAUCUCUUCAUUAGUUAGCUUAUUUAUCUCUACUAGUACAUUUCUACUGCCAAGGAGGAGGUUCAAGGGAGACAAAAGAAGACCUUUUAUUGUCUUCCUUUGUUUAACCCUGAUCUGUAGUUGUUUUUCUAGAUGAAUUCAGCUUUUGAUAUGGAAAUGAAGCUAGAAGGAUUUUAGUUGCAGUGUGACUAUGGGUGGCUUAUCCACUAGGUUGGUCUGUUGGUUACUCUGAUCACUGUAGUUCUCUAAAAGGUUCUUGCCAAAGAGGGAUUAUCCACUUUUUCUCC